AUGGAGUAUGGUGUUUAUGUUCAGCAUACAUCUAAUAAUAGUAUGAUUAUGGUGUGUCUCUAUGUUGAUGACAUAUUUUUAGGAAAUGUGACAUAUUUUCUAGGGAUGGAGAUUAUGUAUUAUGAUAAGGGUAUAAUCAUGCAUCAACCGAAGUAUGAACUUGAGCUUCUAAAGAUAUUUGAGCUGAUGAGUUGCAAGUCUACAAUUACACCUGCUGAAACAAAUCACAAGUUGGAUUCUGAUGUUGAGAGUGUCGCUGUAGAUGCUAUAAUUUUUAAACAGUUGGCAGGCUCAUUGAGAUAUCUAUGUAAUACCAGACCUGAUAUCUGUUAUGCAGUUGGAAUGAUGAGUAAGUUUAUGAACAAACAAAAAUGGUCACAUUACCAAGUUGUUGUCAAGAUACUGAGGUAUAUUAAGGGGACUCUGAGGUGCAUUGUCUGCUUGUCAAGCUGUGUGAGUUCUGAACUUGCUGCAGGGUUUGAAGAUCAAGGUGAGCAAGCAUGUGAAGCUGAUGAUUGA